GCGCCGCGCUGCCCCGCCCGCUCGUGUUUGGCUGGUCCAAGAUGGCGGUGCAGGAGUCGGCGGCCCAGCUGUCCAUGACCCUGAAGGUCCAGGAGUACCCGACGCUCAAGGUGCCAUAUGAGACACUGAAUAAACGCUUUCGAGCUGCUCAGAAAAACAUCGACCGUGAGACGAGCCACGUCACCAUGGUGGUGGCCGAGCUGGAGAAGACCUUGAGCAGCUGCCCUGCCGUGGACUCUGUGGUCAGUCUCCUGGACGGCGUGGUGGAGAAGCUCAGUGUCCUCAAGAGGAAGGCGGUCGAGUCCAUCCAGGCUGAGGACGAGAGCGCCAAGCUGUGCAAGCGCAGGAUUGAGCACCUCAAGGAGCACAGCAGCGACCAGCCAGCAGCAGCCAGCACGUGGAAGAGGAAGCGCAUGGACCGCAUGAUGGCUGAGCACCUGCUGCGCUGUGGCUACUACAGCACGGCCGUGAAGUUGGCACGGCAGAGCGGCAUCGAGGACCUGGUGAAUAUCGAGAUGUUCCUGACGGCCAAAGAAGUGGAGGAGUCCCUGGAGAGGCAUGAGACGGCUACCUGCCUGGCCUGGUGCCACGACAAUAAGUCCCGGCUCCGGAAGAUGAAGGGCCGCCAAAACGAACACGAAGCGAAGACGGGACGAAAGAGUAGAGCGGCCAGUGGCUCCCCUAAAGAGAGUGAGGAUCUUGGUAUGGAAACCCUAAAAGGAAAGCCAGAAUUGAGCUGCUUGGAGUUCAGCCUAAGGAUUCAGGAGUUCAUUGAACUCAUCCGGCAGAACAAGAGACUGGACGCCGUGAGGCAUGCGAGAAAGCACUUCAGCCAGGCUGAGGGCAGCCAGCUGGAUGAAGUCCGCCAGGUCAUGGGCAUGCUGGCCUUCCCACCAGACACGCACAUCUCCCCAUACAAGGACCUGCUGGACCCGGCCCGGUGGCGAAUGCUGAUCCAGCAGUUCCGGUAUGACAACUACAGACUGCACCAGCUGGGAAACAACUCUGUGUUCACCCUCACCCUGCAGGCCGGCCUCUCAGCAAUAAAGACACCACAGUGCUACAAGGAGGACGGCAGCUCCAAGAGCCCUGACUGCCCCGUGUGCAGCCGCUCCCUGAACAAGCUGGCGCAGCCCCUGCCCAUGGCCCACUGUGCCAACUCCCGCCUGGUCUGCAAGAUCUCCGGUGACGUGAUGAACGAGAACAACCCGCCCAUGAUGCUGCCCAACGGCUACGUCUACGGCUACAACGUGAGGGGCCCGGGAGCGCGGGCCGUGUGCACAGCUCUCGGCUGUCAUUUGAAAGUGGGCAAGGGGGCGGGAACGACAGUCUCUGCUUUCUAUUCGUCAAGAUGAUAAAGUUGUUUGCCCAAGAACCAAAGAAGUCUUCCACUUCUCACAAGCCGAGAAAGUGUACAUCAUGUAGGCCCCACGUCACCAGCACACACCUCAGGGUCAGGGACUGUGUGGCAUGGAGGCCACCCCUCGUCCUGCCCCUGAGCUCCAGCUGCCAGGAGUUUCUGUUUCUUGCGACCAAAGAUCAGUGAGCAAUGAUAAAUACUCCUAGGAAGAGAAGAAAUAAGAUUUAAUAAGUUUGUACUUGAAAACAACGUUUUGAUUGUUAGGAUUUUGUAACAUAAGUCAACUAUCUCACCUUUCAAAGAAAACUUUUCUUUAAAGACUGACCUAACAUUGAGGGAAACUUAAGAACAUUUCAAAAAUAGGAAUCAACUAUUUCCUGUGUUUCUCAGUUUCCUCCCUUUUGCUAAUGAGACUUGGAGAACAGGCCAGUCGUUGGCCAUCUCGUGUCAGGCCUGGAAGAGGGGGCAGCGACGCCGGACUAGCCUACAGUGACUCAUGAUGCAGAGCCACAGGGGCUGGCUCUAAGGACUGCCCACCUGCACCAUGUUCCCGCAGGACUGUCAGUAUGUGCGUAGGUUCAACAUCACGUCUUCGUGUGCCACCUUAUUUCCUGCUUUGAGAAUGUAUUUACGUGGAAAUCCACUGGACUGAGUUUCUGCAGAUGCCUUGCUGGAUGGUUCCAUAACUUUAGAGUCUAAAUACUAUUCGUACAGAAACUAAUCGUUCAGUUGAAAUAAGUACUGAUGACUUCUCAAGACGAAUGAACCGUCGUAGCUUACACAGAACCAUAUUGUAGAGGUUUGUAUUUAGUGCUUAUUUUUGCAUGUUGAUGUCGAUUAGCUAAUAAACUGUAAAUGUAAAACAUGUUAAUAAAAUGGUUUUCCGUUUCUUA